CCCUCAUCCCUGUUAUUUUCUUGAUUUGAAGCAUUGCAGAUCAAUUUCAAAGAUGGCGACCUUCUUCCAGAGCGUUCGCCAAGGAUUUGGCCGGGGAGGAAACAACAAGAGCAACAAUCCCCCCAAAAGCCCAGCACAGGCCUCUACUCCCCAGCAUCAAGCCACCAUGUCGAAUUCGCCUUCGAUUUCUAGCAGUUUGUCGGUGGAGACUCAAGCGAAUGACCCCGAGGGACCCAAAUACUUCUUCCAGGAGAAGUAUGCCCCGCUGAAUGUGAGGGGCAACUUCUUGACCCUCUGUGCUUGCCCGAAGAAUGUGGAGCUGGGAGAGUGGCUGGCUCACCAGAUCGUUGAACAAUAUCGCCUACUCCACGGUAUGCUUCAGGUUAUCCAGGAGGUGAACAGUGUGACCGGUCUACCUAUCUGCAAUGAGAACACUUGCCCAACAAUGUCCGCUGGACGGCUGACCUAUACCUGGCUUGUUGACGGCCGCGCCGCCAAAAUUUCCGCGCCGAAGUUCAUCAACCGCGUCGAGAAAUGGAUCGUCAGCAAGAUCCACGACCCUGUCAUGUUCCCUACCGAAAAGGUCAACGGCACUCCUGAGACCUUUGCCAUCAAAGAGGCCAAUGGCGCAUCAACAACACCCUCCGAUCCCGCUAACCCAGAUGAGUGGAUCGGCAAGUCCAGUGGCUUCCCACCAACCUUUUACAAGGACUGCCAGGGUAUCAUGAAGCAGAUGUUCCGCUGCUACGCCCAUCUGUACCAUGCUCAUUGGCUCAACCCAUUUUGGCACAUUAACAAGCACGAUGUCCUCAACAUGUGCUUCGUUCACUUCGUGACAGUUUCAAAGUACUACGGACUUGUGUCCGACAAGGAGAUGGAGCCCAUGCAGCCAUUGAUUGAGUUGUUCAUCAAGCAGCAGCGGGUUCCCCCAGAGGCGCUCAACGGUGGCCACUGGGCCCAGCAGGCCGCCACUUAA